AGAGGAAAGGAGACUAGCUUCUAAUUGCCUUUGGUGAUAACACCGUUACAUUCCGCGAUCUGUCGAGAGCCCAGAAGAGAAGCUCAGGCUUCCACAUCAACCACCUCCAACAUGGCUAGGAGCCAAGCUCUCAGCUCUGCACCGACAGCCCUGCAGCACGGACAGGUCUCCCCUUAAAUGAAGCGACAUCCCUGCAGUCCCUAAGUUUAGGGAAAUAAAAUGGAAUUGAUCACGUUAAAAUUCACAGCUCUGCUGUUACUGUGCGCGCAGCACCAGAAGUUUAUACGGGCAAUUACUGACCUUGGGGAUUAUAUAACAACUGAUAUAGAAAUUUCCUGGUUACCUAACCUGGAUGAUUUAAUGAAAGGAUAUGCUCGGAACUUUCGACCAGGAAUAGGAGGUCCUCCUUUGAACGUAGCUUUGGCUAUAGAAGUUGCCAGCAUUGACCAUAUAUCAGAAGCUAAUAUGGAGUACACAAUGACAGUUUUCCUCCGUCAGAUCUGGAAAGACGAGCGGCUGUCAUAUAACCACACCAACAAGACCCUGGGCUUGGACAGCCGCUUUGUGGAUAAACUGUGGUUACCAGAUACAUACAUCGUGAACGCAAAGUCAGCCUGGUUUCAUGAUGUUACAGUAGAAAACAAACUCAUCAGGCUUCAACCAAAUGGAGUCAUAUUAUACAGCAUCAGAAUUACUUCCACAAUUUCUUGUGAUAUGGAUCUCACCAAGUACCCAAUGGAUGAGCAGGAAUGCAUGCUGGAUCUGGAAAGUUAUGGCUAUUCAGCAGAUGACAUUGUCUAUAAUUGGUCAGACAAUCAGGACCAGAUCCAUGGACUGGACCAAAUUCAGCUGGCUCAGUUUACAAUAACCAACUAUUACUUUGUCACAGAAAUGACAAAUUUCAAAUCAGCAGGUCAAUUUCCACGGUUAAGUCUUCAUUUCCAGUUACGGAGGAAUAGGGGGGUUUAUAUCAUUCAAUCGUACAUGCCUUCGAUCUUGUUGGUGGCAAUGUCUUGGGUAUCGUUCUGGAUCAGUCAGUCUGCAGUACCUGCACGUGUUUCCUUAGGUAUUACAACAGUGUUGACCAUGACAACAUUGAUGAUCAGUGCAAGGAAAUCUCUCCCCAGAGCAUCUGCAAUUAAAGCACUGGAUGUAUAUUUCUGGAUCUGUUAUGUCUUUGUUUUUGCUGCUCUUGUUGAAUAUGCCUUUGCACAUUUUAAUGCAGACUACAUGAGAAAGCAACGUGCAAAAAUUAAGGCCAAUAAAUCAUGUGUGGAGGCAAUUAAGAGAAAUGGAAAGGAUGCGAUAGUUCUGUUCUCCUUAUCAGCGGCUGGGGUGAACAAGGAAUUGCUCAUGUCCAACAGACUGCACCGGGCUCAUAGGAUUCUUCAUGGAGAUGAAAUUAAAAAUGGAAAGACAAGGGCAAAUAAACACAACUCAAAGUCCAGCAAUAAACUUACUCUGAAGUCUGUAUUCAAACCUAUUGAUUCUGACACCAUUGACAUUUAUGCAAGGGCCGUUUUUCCAGCUGCUUUUGCGGCUGUCAAUGUUAUUUACUGGGUCGCAUACACCAUGUAAACUGGCCCCAGCAUCAUAUUGUACAGGAAGCAGUUACAUGUACAUGAACAUAGAACAUACGCAUGAUGCCAAGUAUCCAGAGCCUUUGAUCUGAAUCCUUUGACAUGUCAAGGAAGCAUUUGAUAAAUGUAUAUAAGUAGUAAAUAAUGAAAUGUGAUUACUGUGACAUGAUGAGAUUUCUGUCUGCCAUUAUCCCUCGUUUAUCAGUCUUUUGCCC